AUGAACAAGGGCAUUGUUUCUAGGAAGAUCGCGGGUAAUUCUCCUCGACGUUCAACUCAUCGAGUUCUCAUUUCCAACUCACCGAUUUGCCAACUCCUCCUCCAGUCUUACCUUGAAUCGUCUCACGCGCCGGUGAAGAACGGUCUCGAGGUGUUCGACUUGAAGGAGGACGACUGGAUUUUGGAAUUGGCAGCUGAUAAGUACUUGAGCGGUGAAAACCCUAAUUUGGAAAACCCUGCAACUCUGAGAUACAAAAUUCUUGAAUACGUUGGCCAUGGUGCUGCUGUUCUAAGAAAGGAAAUGGACAACAUUCCCUGUUUAGAUGUUGAUGCAGUUGACGGUGAUUGUAGUUGUGAUGUUACUACCCCUGUUGCCUCGCUGGGUAGUGAUGAAAAGGAUUGCAUCUUAAAGGAAGGAAAUCCCAAACUGAAUGUUUCCCCAGAGUCAAAGUCUACGCAUUCUGAACAACAGGCAGACUUAGUAAAAGAUAGCCAUGAGCCUAGAUGUACCUUUACUGAUAUGGAGCCAAGAGAUUCAUGUCCUGAAGUACCUUCACCUGGAAAAAGACAAUUAAACUGUGCCCUUUCUAAUUCUCCAUUAAUUAAUAAGCCAGUUGAUAUGGCUUCAGAUGCUAAUGAAAGCAUGGCUGAAAGAUCUCCAACUAGUCCUUCUUCAGAUGUAGCAGAGGAUGAUGUUUCUUUGAAUGGCGACAUGUCAGACCAUUGCUUUGGCGAUAUCCCUAUGGAUAACUUAGAGAGGACAGUUGUUAUCUGUCCGGAUUAUGUUCUAUAUCAAAAUGAUUAUCAUACAGGUGUCUCAGUCAUUUUUUCUCCUAGUGGUGUCAAAAUUGAGGGCUCAACUGUGAGUGAACACCAAAGAACCUUUAGUUUCGAAAGCACAAUUGAUGAUAUUAUUAGUAUCAAUUGUCGGUGGUUUCAAAGGGUUGGAUAUAUGACAUUAAAGAUGAAAGUCCUAUCCAAGGUUGCGAUAGAGGCUGAGAAUGCAUGUGACACUUCAGCCUAUGAGGAGUUGAAAUUUACAGUUAUUGACCCCAGAUGGUCCGAGAAACAUGCAGCAAUCAUGUCAUUAAAUUUUCAAUACCAGGCCUUAUGGAAUAUUAUGCCAGAUCCACUUGUAGAAAUGGAUGGAGAUGAUUCACUUGUACAAAGGUCCUAUUUUCCCAAUUUUGACGAGCCUUUUGAGGAGGUUAUAUAUCCAAAAGGUGAUAUUGAUGCAGUUUCCAUUAGCAAGAGAGAUGUUGAUCUGUUACUACCAGAGACAUUUGUCAAUGAUACUAUCAUUGACUUCUACAUCAAGUAUCUGAAGAAUCAAAUUCAACCUGAGGAAAGGCUGAGAUUUCACUUUUUUAACAGUUUUUUCUUUCGGAAACUUGCUGACCUUGACAAAGAUCCAUCCAGUAUUUCGGAUGGCAGGGCUGCUUUCCUUCGCGUUCGUAAAUGGACAAGGAAAUUGGAUAUGUUUGGAAAAGAUUACAUCUUUAUUCCUGUAAAUUUCAGUCUUCAUUGGAGUUUGAUAGUCAUAUGCCAUCCUGGUGAAGUAGCUGGUUUUAAAGAUGAAGACUUGGACAAGUCAUCCAAAGUACCAUGCAUAUUGCAUAUGGAUUCUAUCAAAGGAAAUCAUGCAGGUCUUAAAAAUCUUGUCCAAAGUUACCUUUGGGAAGAAUGGAAAGAGAGGCACAAGGAGACAUCUGAAGAUCUUUCUUCAAAAUUCUUGAAUCUGCGGUUUGUCUCACUUGAGCUGCCACAGCAGGAGAAUUCAUUUGACUGUGGUCUGUUCUUACUCCACUAUCUGGAGCUCUUUUUAGCUGAAGCUCCUCCUAACUUCAAUCCAUUCAAAAUAACCAAGUUCUCCAACUUUCUUAAUUUGGAUUGGUUCCUACCUACUGAGGCAUCUCUAAAGCGCACUCUCAUCCAGAAGUUAAUCUUUGAACUCCUAGAGAUCCGUUCUCAGGAAAUGAGUUCAUCUGAUUGCAGUGAAGAACCUCAUUCCUCUAGAUUUCCAGAAGAGAUUGGAAAUGGAGGUGUGGAGUUUGUUUCAAAGAGUGUCAGCCCAGAAGUAGCUUGUCAUGGGAAUUUAAAUCCCCAAGCAAGCCAAGGGAUUGAAAUGACUCUGUUAGCAUCGUCUUCUAUGAGAAAUGUGGAGACUGUUAAUGAUUCUGGCUUGGUUCUUAGGGAGUUCUUUGAGCCUGGUGUUACCGCAGGAUCUUUGCUUGGACAAUUUCAAUCUUUUGACCAGCAGCCGUCAUAUUACAAUAUGAAUGGAGCUGUAUCACCUAGAGAGCAAGAAGACGUGCAAACUGGUCAACAGUUUGUAUAUUUGGCUUCUGGAGAAACCAGUUUUCCGCAGUUCACUGGAAUCACGUCUCAAGCGUGUGAAGUUCCAUAUUCAUCGAGUGGUUUUGUCAUGGGCAGUUCAUGGAAUCCUGGAAUUUCCUUGAUAGGAGGGAACAAAGUUGACACAUCGCAUGAAACAUCUUGUACCUCUGAUGAUGACGAUGAUAUUGGGAUUAUUGAAAAUAACCCGAUUGAGGAUAGUGUAGUUCUGAUUGAAAAACGGGAUACAGAUCAGGAACAAUCUGAGUCAGUAGAAAAUGUUGACUGUCUGAAGAAAGGUUUCAUGCCCGCCUCCAUUGAGGUGCUGGAGACUUCUAUCACCGAUGUCCCUGGAGCUUCUGAGGACACUGACAAGAUUCAUGAUAAAACUGGAGAUGCAGAUCUUCCUUCGAAAGCUCACUCGUCUGUUGUGUUGCAUCAAAAUCCUGGUGCAGCAGUGAACGAGUUAGAUGUGGAUCCCGAAAUGGUUGAGAACAUGGAGUCCCAAGAUAAUAAAACUGUGUCAUCAGAUCAAACUCUUGGUACGGUGCUGAACCAGUUGGAUCGGGAUUCCAACCUGAUUGAAAACGAGGCUAGUUGUGAUGAAGUGCAAACAAUUAUUGACGACCUACCGUCUAAAGAUAACUCAAUGUUAUUAUCAGAUCAAAAUCCUAGUAUGGUGGCUGAAGCAUUGAAUCAAGAUUCUGAAGUGGCUGAAAACAAGGAGGCUAUUGUCAAUGAUUCUCUUGCAGAGUUAUCUGAGCAACCGGCAGCAAAGAGGAUGCAACAAUUGAAUCAAGAUUCUGAAGUGGCUGAAAACAAGGAGGCUAUUGUCAAUGAUUCUCUUGCAGAAUUAUCUGAGCAACCGGCAGCAAAGAGGAUGCAACAAUUGAAUCAAGAUUCUGAAGUGGCUGAAAACAAGGAGGCCAUCAUUGUCAAUGAUUCUCUGGCAGAGUUAUCCGAGCAACCAGCAGCAAAGAGGAUGCGGCUUUCGCCAUCCCUUGAGGAGGAAGUGGACUCCUAGGCAGCCUGUCAAAGAGGGCAUUUUGUUUAUGCAAGUAGAAGUAGGACAGGAUGAAUUUUUCUUACACUUUAUGAUGCUAGGAACCCAAAUCUAAGUGAAAUAGUAUUUGUUUGUAAUUUGAGCUAUGAAGGUGGGACAGCAAUUGAGUAGUUUUGGAUACAUUUCUUGCUUUCAUAGCUAAAUCAUACAAGAACUAACGAAAUUCCCUGCCUACCAAAUUAUACAGUAUUAAAUUCAGAAAAUUUAGAUUUGAAA